AUGGCCGCCAACUCGUUGAAUUUGCCGUUGGCAAACGUGCCAUCCGCUAUUACUUGCGCUGCAGCUUGUCCCAGAUCUUCUAACGUCCCACAAGUUCGCAUCAUGGCUUCAGGCAAGUGCACCUUCAUUUUUACAACCGGCCAGCUAAAAUUUCAUUGCCCGUGCGAGAAAGGGGAAUUCCACUUGGGUUCGAUGGUCGACCCCAACGAGGAGUCGGACGAUGUAACUGUUUCCCCAAGGCAACACACAGUAGCUGAAUUAAUCAAGCUCAUCGAUGCCUACCCCGUCGUCCACGUCAGAGGAACCCCAGCCAGUGGGAAAACAACGCUGGCGCGGUUACUUCGCGAUAGUUUGCAAGAUCAGGGACGCAUCGUCCCAUUCGUCCACACUUGGAAGCGGAAUCUUGAUGAACUUGACUCAGAGCCUUGGAUGGCACUUGCUAUGGCGCUCAAGCAACGACUUCUACCCGUUCAUAUGCCAGACCUCAUGAGCAACGAGGUUGUUAUGAUUGUGGACGAAGCGCAAAUGUCAUACGAUGAUGAUUACCUGUGGAACUUUAUAAUCAAGUCAUUGAUAGACAAGCCUGACAGAUAUAAACUCCGACUUUGUCUCUUCUGCUGCUAUGGAAGUCCAUCGACGGGUCUGGAGCCGUCUCAGGGUUCCAAAGUUUUCACUCCAGUCACUAUUCCCGAAACACAACGCAUAACGCUCACACCCCAGUUGUGUAGUGAAUCACCGAAGAUUGGCCUCUUUUAUACUGAAUCAGAGUUCAAUGACGUCCUUUGCCGUAUAGUUCGAUACGAAUUCUCCAAUCUGGUUGUUACCAUUGAUGAGGAAGCUAAGAGAUAUGUUUUCUCGCUUACGAACGGGCAUCCCGGAGGCGUAACGGCGAUGAUACGUUUUAUCUGUGAGACCUAUCGCGCCGACAUGAAACAUGACAGGACGUUUGUGAUAUCUCAGCAGCAUGUUCUCAACAUCCUUGACGGUAAUGAGGACUCUGCUUUCGAAUUCCUGGCGAAAUGCGGUGUCGCUCGCUCUUUCCCACGACCAAAAGACCUCAAAAGUCCAAGACCAGGGUUGGAGGUCUGCUACGUGAGAGGCUGGAUCCACAGGGUACUUGCGGGUCUCACAGCGAACCUGGAAGAAGAUGAAAUUGCUGUUCUGCCAUCCCGGCUGCAUGAGAAGUGGAUUCAGUACCUCAUUGCUCGAGACAAAAGACCCUUACCGGCGCGCUUCACAAACUUGACUCAGCUGUGUAUGGAGAUCCUACCUGAGUUUUCGAGGACGAACUUGAAACAGUCCACUACCAGCAAGAUCCUGUCAACUGCAGCACAACCGAGACCCGUUGAAGCACAGUAUCAAGAUGAUUUCUAUAGGUCGUUUUGUAAGCUGGCGGGGCGAGGGGUUCCAAUAUCUACUGCGUGGGCCAGAACGAAUUCUGGAAGAGUCGACUUUUUCAUACCUGAGAAGAAGUGGGCAGUAGAGCUAUUGAGAGAAUAUGAUCGAGUCGAUGACCAUAUCAGGAGAUUUCGAAAGGGCGGGCAGUACUUUCAAUGGCUGGAGAAGAGAGAUGUCGAUGAUUGGAUCGUUAUCAAUUGCGCUACCAGCGUACCGACUUCAGUUCAUGAUGAGUGCCGGCUUUUCCACGCAGUCUUCUUGAACGACUUCACAGAGUUACAUAUUUUUAAUCACAAAAAGGAGAAAUUGUGUGGCCCUAUCUGUCUAACGACCUGAAGGUAACCAAUUGUGACUCCUCUGUAGGUUUUCCAUUGUGGUUAGAGAGGUUCAAAUGUGAGGAUCGUGUUUUGAGUGAGGGAAGGGUUAUUUUUGUUUCAAAAGGUUAUUCCUGUCAGUUGCAAAGACCAAG